UUUUACAUCAAUAUAUUUUCGAUACUUUCCUAAUUUUUAGACUAAAACGUAUAAUAAACGUAUGUGUAUACAGGAUAGCGCGAGCCGUAUUAAAUUGUACAACAUAUCAAGGUGAGAAAUAAGAUCAAUAACAUUUUGUAAACUACCAUGUAAAAUUUCAAGUUUGCAUUUCACACAUUUUAAUUAAUGAAAAUAAAUAGGUAAAAUAGCGCGCCUGAUGCGGAUCGUCGCACGACUCGGUCGACGUAACGAACACAGAAAAUGGCCGACCGUGCAACUGCCUCUUAGCAGUGGCGAAUAUUGGAUGUCAACAGAAGGCGGAAAAUGACCUAAGCGGGUGAUUAUUUAUCGGCGUUCGUGUAUCGCCGCGAUGCCUCAGUCGCGCGGUCAGCUAUUUUCUAUAGGUGCAUUCCGGUAUUCAUUGUAAUUACUGACGAUGUGACGUCACUAAAUAGAGAGUGACGACAGCAAGACAAGACGAAGAUGGACUAAAGGCUAACAGCCAGCUGGGAAACUGAGGUCAGCGAGGUGUCACCACGCGUCACGCGGGGGUUGUGGGUUUAUGGGGGGGUCCGCCUCAGCGGCCCCCCGGCUCGAGUCCAAACGGCAAUUGCCGGAACGGUGGUACCAUCCUGGCACGGGCCAAGACCGUCCCGCUUUCGGUACCACCGUCCAAACGGAUGAAGAGCCCUUCCAACAUCAUGAGGCAGUCCAGCCUCACGAAACUCGGUUCCAUGAUCAACACCGCAGUCAACAAACGUUCCGGCAAUGGUGAUAUACAAUGGUGUUUCUCUCAAGUAAAGGGAACCUUAGAAGAGGACGUCACAGAAGCUGAUAUAAUUUCAUGUGUUGAAUUUAAUCACGAUGGCGAUCUUCUUGCAACAGGAGACAAGGGUGGACGUGUUGUCAUUUUUCAGAGAGACCCCAUUAGUAAAAACAGUAUACCACGGAGAGGUGAAUACAACGUGUAUAGCACCUUCCAGAGCCAUGAGCCAGAGUUCGAUUACCUAAAAUCACUAGAGAUAGAAGAAAAAAUUAACAAAAUUAGAUGGCUAAAGAGGAAAAACCCUGCUCAUUUUUUACUCUCCACGAACGAUAAAACAAUCAAGUUGUGGAAAGUUAGUGAGAGAGAUAAAAGAGUAGAAGGAUACAAUACGAAAGAAGAAAAUGGUACGAUCCGUGAUCCUGCCUGCAUCACUGCCUUGAGGGUGCCAACCAUAAAACCAAUGGAGUUGAUGGUAGAGGCAUCACCAAGGAGAAUAUUUGCCAAUGCGCACACCUAUCACAUAAACAGUAUAAGUGUCAACAGUGAUCAAGAGACAUACCUCAGUGCUGAUGAUCUUAGAAUUAAUCUUUGGCACCUUGAGAUAACAGACCAGAGUUUUAAUAUAGUAGACAUUAAGCCAACUAAUAUGGAAGAAUUAACGGAAGUCAUAACUGCGGCGGAAUUUCAUCCCGCGGAAUGCAACGUUUUGGUGUACAGUAGUAGCAAAGGAACCAUUAGGCUUUGCGAUAUGAGAUCUGCCGCUCUUUGUGAUCAGCAUAGCAAACUCUUCGAGGAACCCGAGGAUCCAACUAAUAGGAGUUUUUUCUCAGAAAUUAUUUCAAGUAUAAGUGAUGUGAAGCUCAGUAAUUCCGGGAGAUAUAUGAUCAGUAGAGACUACCUCAGUGUGAAAGUGUGGGACUUGCAAAUGGAGACAAAGCCAAUCGAAUGUUAUCCUGUACACGAAUACUUAAGAUCAAAAUUAUGUUCAUUGUAUGAGAAUGACUGUAUCUUUGACAAAUUCGAAUGUUGUUGGAGUGGUAAUGACUCUGCCAUCAUGACGGGUUCGUACAACAAUUUCUUCAGAGUAUUUGAUCGUACAACCAAACGCGAUCUCACCUUAGAGGCAGCACGUGACAUUGCCAAGCCAAAAACGCUCCUUAAGCCAAGAAAGGUAUGCACUGGCGGUAAACGCAAGAAGGAUGAAAUCAGCGUUGACUGUCUGGACUUCAAUAAGAAGAUACUUCAUACUGCAUGGCAUCCAUCUGAAAAUGUAGUAGCUGUCGCUGCUACGAACAAUCUCUUCCUAUUCCAAGACAAACUCUAGCACAUCUGUAUGCAGAUAAUACAACGGUAUAUAUUGACGUGAGCGAGGCACGUUGAACUGAAAGCUCCUAGCGGAACAGCUGAGUGUCCGAGUAAUAUUGACGAUAGUCAACCGCUAAUCCGUCAGUGGUUGACUGACCGAAAAGUGGUGUAUGUAGCGCCGUCCACGCAGCUCACACAUUCAUAUAUGCUAUAUAUACACACACACAGAGACAUACAAGAUUGCAUCCCAUAUUUUGCCGUGCGCAUAUGUGUAUAAAAAAAAAAGGAAAAAAAAACAGACAAACGCGGAACACAUGCAUAACUUUCCAGGCUACUAUCAAGUUCGCUAGCUCGAUAUAUUCGCAGAUUGAAAGAAACGUACGCGGAAUAUGCGACUGAACAAUUCACAGACUCGUGUUGGCAGGUUAAUAUAUGAUUUAUAAAUACUAAUGAUUAGUAAUUUUUUGCCUAUAUUAUAGGAAUUGCGUCAGUGCACAGUCUAUACGUGAUUUUACGAUGGUUAUAAAGAUACUUCAUGUCAUGUGUCGACGAGUGGAAAUGUGAAUGUAGGUGGAUGAGCGCAACACGAGAACGAAUUAACAGACCGCUUCAUUCGAUUCACGUAUGAUCGAUACGAAUAUGGUACAAACAUUAAAUUCUUCACUCGCACGCCUAACUAGCGCGAAAACAAAAAUCAUGUCAAUCGUGCCAACAUGAUUAACUUGUAAUUAUUGUAAUGUUGUAACUUUGCAUUGUCAAACACAAUUAUUCUUAAACAAGGAACUACGGGAAAAAUACUACACAAAAAUAUCUGUUACAUUGCAAUUGAUAAUUAAUCCGUAUAUUAUCGACCUUAAGUAAUAAAUACGCAGAAUAAUUAAGUAACACAAGCAUGGUUUUGCUCGCAGAAUAAUGACAGUUAUGUGAGAAAUCUCGAUUUUUGAUAAAGCUCGUGUUCAAAUUACUACCUGUCUACUAUUUACAAUUUAAUAACACAUGUGUUAAACAUAGGCCUAUUUUCUCGUUAGUUUAUUAUUGCGAACUAAUUGUUUGUCUCAAUUGCGAGACAGUUGCCAAUACGAGUCAAAUAAUAACGGAAAGUAUUGUAUCUUUCCUUCCAUUAUAUAUCCGAGAAAACUAAAUGUUACCGCACCCUAAAUAUAUCAAGCAAUAAGUUGCGCCGAUUUAAAACAAUGUAUAUCAAUUGUCAUUUUUAAAACGAAAGAAAAUAUUACCCGAUCGGGAGAUAAAUGCAAAUUGAAUAGAUGGAAUACAGAUUU